AUGUCUUCGUUAUACCUGUUCUCCUCGGAGACUUUGUCUGCUCUCCGAAAGUUCAGAUUUGGCUCCGCCAGAGCCUCCACAAUGCAAGCAGUGAUAUAUGCCAUAGACAACGAAUCCUAUGAGAUCAAAUCCGACGGAGAAAUCAUCACUUCCACCGAAGAAUUGGUCGAAGAAUUACCGGACAAUUCCCCGCGCUAUGUCGUGCUCUCUUACCCCUUCAAGACCCCGGACGGCCGUUUGAAAACUCCAUUGGUUCUCUUAUACUGGAUGCCUCCUACUUCAAGCCAGGAAACUAGAAUGUUGUAUGCAGGGGCUGUUGAAGAGUUCAGAGAGAAGGCUGGUGUUUCUAAACUCAUCAAGGUCGAAGAUGAAGAUGAUUUCGAAGACCUCGAAGAACAGUUGCAAUAG